AUGGGCGCUCAAAUAUCAAACGAGGUCACUGAAUAUGACCCAAAAUCAAUCGCUGAGCCACAAGAGACACCGUAUUUCUCGCCAUCGACCUAUUGCAGCCGCUUGGACAGUGUAAACUCGGUGUAUAUGGACAGUCCUUAUACGGGUCAAAAGACAAUUAGCGAAUACCCCAAGAACCCAUCGUUUGCGUAUGACGAACAGGAGGAGGAAGUUUACGAUGUCGCCGCCGAAGUGACAAAAGCAAAACGUCUAUUUCCUGUCGCACCUCCGCCUCCACCGCCUCCACCACAAAAUUAUUUUUCGGACUCGAUCUCUCACGUCGCCGAGGGACAUGAAGACGACUAUCCAUCUUCGGAUAUCACACAUGACAGUGGGUUGGUGCAACACUUGGGCUCAUGGACGGCAAGUCAUGUAGAACGAGGGCCUGUCAGCACAAUUGCAGACGGGAUGUGUUCUUCUAGACUGGCUUCAACAUCAUCUGACUACGUAGUGCAGCCGAAGAAGCCUUUAGGGCAUGUUUGGUUCUGUUGUAAUUGCGGGGACGGUCCUUACUCUGAAGACAUUUCGCUUAGUUGUGUAAUGUGUGAACACAAGAGAUGUGAGAUUUUGGAUAUGAACUAGAACAAGGAGCGUAGUAGAAUCCAUUAAUCUAGAAUCCUCG